AUGCUAGGUUCCGAGGGCCUUUCCAGUCUAAUAAUGGUCAAUAGGAGCAUUUAUGUUGCAGUUGAAGGAAUCUUGGAAUUUAUCAGCCUGGCCGUGGGGCUGAUCAGUAUCCGGGGAGUAGACUCCGGCCUGUACCUAGGGAUGAAUGAGCGUGGCGAGCUGUAUGGAUCGAAGAAACUCACCAGAGAAUGUGUUUUCCGGGAGCAGUUUGAAGAAAACUGGUACAACACCUACGCCUCCACCUUGUACAAGCAUUCGGAUUCCGAGCGCCAGUAUUACGUGGCCCUGAACAAAGACGGCUCACCCCGGGAGGGAUUCAGGACUAAGAGGCACCAGAAAUUCACCCACUUCCUCCCCAGGCCUGUUGACUCCUCCAAGGUGCCCUCCAUGUCCAGAGACCUGUUCCGCUAUAGAUGAUGUGCCUGGCUUCUGUUUCCCCCUCCCCUCCCCACCAGCGCUGGGCCAGUUAUGUCCUUGAGCUCUAUACUCA